UAUUUAUGUCCUCCAACGACCUGUUAAAAUGUAACUGUUUGAAAAUGGCCAGCGAACACACGGUGCAAACAUUGGGGAUUAGUGCUGCGAUUUAAGCAGAGCUGCUGCUGUUUUGAGGAUGCUUGGACCACAAAGCGUCAUGACCGAGAGCUGAGAUAAACAUUACAGCGAAGGAACGUGGCUCUGCCAUGGCAGCAGGUGUCAGUCUGCUGAGUGACGUGCCCUACUCCAACUCCAACAGCAGCAGCAGUGCAGGGAACAGUGCAGAGCACAUCACUGACAUGGAGCCAGAUUUCAGACCCAAUGUCAGGGUCCCCACAGCAAAGUACACCAAGGUGGGUGAGACCUUGAGGCAUGUAAUCCCAGGCCACAUGCAGUGCUCCAUGGCGUGUGGAGGACGAGCUUGCAAGUAUGAAAACCCGUCUCGCUGGAGUGAUGAAGAACAAGCCAUCAAGGGACUUUACUCCUCUUGGAUCACAGACAAGUUAUUAGCCAUGGCAAGGCCGUCCACUGAGAUUAUUGAAAAAUACAACAUCAUCAACCAGUUCUUGGGAUGCGGACUAAAGACCAUAAUUAACCUGCAGCGCCCAGGAGAGCAUGCCAGCUGUGGCUAUCCCCUGGAGCCAGAGAGUGGAUUCACCUACCACCCAGAGGUCUUCAUGGAGGCAGGGAUCUAUUUCUACAACUUUGUAUGGAAAGACUACGGGGUAGCCUCUCUUACAACCAUCCUAGACAUGGUGAAGGUCAUGUCUUUUGCCGUGCAGGAGGGGAAGAUGGCCAUUCACUGUCAUGCCGGGCUUGGAAGAACAGGGGUUCUCUUGGCCUGCUAUUUAGUGUUCACAUCACGGAUGAGCGCAGACCAGGCCAUCUUGUUUGUGCGAGCGAAGCGUCCAAGCUCAAUACAAACACGAGGCCAGUUACUGUGUGUGCGUGAGUUUGCACGUUUUGUAGCACCACUGCACUGUGUGUUCACGAGUGUCGAACCACGAGUACAUGCUGUCACACUGUCGCAGUACCUGACACAUCAGCGACAUCUGCUGCAUGGCUAUGAGGCUCGCCACAUGAAGCAUGUGCCAAAGAUAGUCCAUCUGGUCUGCAGGCUCCUGCUAGACAUUGCUGAGAACAGACACACAGCAGAGGAAAAAUACCUGUCUGAGAUCCCUGACCUGACCGCUGAGGUAGAGAAGACCAUAUCACAGCAGGCCUUGCAGCAGCUAGGAAAAGAGAUGAGGGGGAAGGGCAUCCUUUUGAACUUGCCACACUCCUUGCAAUCGUCCACUCCCCCUCCUGAGCAGUUUGAGAAUGCAAGUGAUGAUGAUAAAGCUCAGAUUUUGCGCAGCUUCAGCGACUCCGCUCUGCACACCCUGGACUCCAGGUCUAAGGGAUUCAGAUGGCACCCAGGCAUGUCAAACCUCCUGACUGAGCACUGUGUGUCUCAGAGUAGGUUAGCAGAAACUCCAGAUGUUCAGGUCUCCAGACCACUGUUGACGCCUGAAAACCUCAUCGCUUCCAAACCCGACUCUCUAGAUGGAUCCUCAGCCUCCCUUGACGAACCCAAGAGAGAGGUGGAACAUAUGCCUGUCUCAUCAGAUUGCAGGAAGCAGAUACCAUUGAGAGAGACAAAGCGCAAUAAGUGUUUCGGGUUUUCGAGGAGCAGCGCAGCUAUAAUGCCCAGGUUACCAACAGAAGAAAAGUUAGACCAGGGUAAAAGACAGCCAGUAAGAUGUCAUGUCACCUGUACAGGAAGCAGCGAUGUUACCUUCCUCUUGCUCCAGACUGAGCUUUCUCCAGAGGUUCGCCGUGUGCUGGUGGCUAGGGCUCUCAUGAUGGAUGUAGAAGAGGAGAAUCUAAGGAAUGCUAUUUCAAUGUGGCAGACGGAGUUAAAUUGCAGAGAAGGGGCGUGGGAGAGGCUUUACAUAGAGCGCAACCCACUGCUGCUCUCUGCUCUCAUGUGGUCAUGGUUGGAGCAGCUGAAGGAGCCAGUCAUCACCAAAGAGGAUGUGGAGGCUCUAAGUCAGAACAGCCACAAUCCUCUGCAAGCCCUCAGCAUUAUGGACAAGGACCACAAACAAACCCUUCUGUGUAUCCUGGACUGCACUGCGCAUUUAAUGACAUUGCCGGACGAAGUCGAAACAGCUGUUCUUCAUCGUACAAUCAAAGCAUUCACUAGGGUUACCAAUGAUUCCGAGAAUGGACAGCUGAUCUAUAAAGCUCUUAUGGAAAUUCUAGUCCCAGUUCUGAGUGAUAUGAGAAGAAAGGUGAUAGAAGUAAUACAGAGUUGAGUGUCUGUGCCACUUCCCAUAAUCACCCUGGUCAUUGUGGCUAGAUACAUACUGCACUAAUAUUUUUUGAAAGAACUAUGUUGUGUUUUUCUAUAGUGUUGGUGUCGGCAGGCUUGAUGUUCUUAAACGGUGCUUUAUUGUCAUUGUUAUUCUUUAAAUUAAUGUGAUUUAAUGUCUCACAAUGCACACAUCAGAUUGGGUGACUUGUGUGUUUUGUUUUUUUUGGUAAAUACUGCCAUAUAUAUCUGUGUGUGUGUGCCACAUGUACACUGUUCUCUCAGUUGUCAUUGUUACUCACUAUGAUGGAGCAUUUUGGGAUCUUAUAUUUAUUAUUUAACUAACCACUAUUUAUUUAGAAGUUAUUAUUUAGAAAGGCAUGAGUAAUGUUAUACAAAAGAAGUCUCGCACUAUGUCACAAUAUUGUUUGUUUCUCGUUUUUUAAACGUACCUCCAUUUUUUAACAUGAAAACCAAAUAUAUUGACUGUGCAACGUAUUUUAUUAAAUAUUUGCAUAUUUUAAAGUAUAGUGUAUAUAGUAAAGCAAUUUCGUUAAGACAAAAAUAAGAAAACAAAAACCAAUUCAAGGUUUGCUCUGUUAGAUAUGAUAACUUGUAGCAAAUGUAUGUUGUUUAUUCAUGCAAAUCCAGGUAUACUAUUUGGCCAAAUAUAUGUGCACACCUGAGCAUCACACCUAUAUGAGCUUGUUGGACAUCCUAUUCCAAAACCGUGGGCAUUCAUAUGGAUUUGGCAUCUCAGUUGGGUUGCGGUCAGGGCUCUGUGCAGGCCACUGAACUUCCUCCACACCAAACUCUCCAAACCAUGUCUUUAUGGAUCUCACUGCACAGGGGCACAGGCAUGCUGAAACAGGAAAGGGCCUUCCCAAAAUGUUGGAAGCAUACAAUUGUCUAAAAUGUCUUUGUAUGCUGUAGCAUUAACAUUACCCUUCUCUAGAACUAAGUGGCACUCUGCAACCCUGCUCUGAGAUUUGCAUAGCCUACUGCUUUGUUGCUAAGCUGAGCACUUACAGUUAGCCUGGGAAGAUCUAGUAGGGCAGAAAUUUCAGGAACUAAUUUGUGUCAAAGGUGGCAUCUUAUGACAUGGCCAAGUGUAAAUUCACUGAGGUCUUCAGUACGACCCAUUCUACUGACUAUGGAGAUUGCGUGGCUAUACGUGUUUGAUUUUAUGCACCUGUUGGCAGUGGGUGUGGCUGAAACAUCUGAAGUCAAUCAUUUGGAGGGGUGUCCACAUACUUUUGGCCAUAUAGUGUAUUUCAGCACUGCCUUCACAACACAACUAACAUCUAACAUGGUAUUUGAAAAUGUUUGUAUGUUGAUACAGAUACUCUGCCUGUGUCUAAGCUUUUGUGGAAUGUCCUUUGCCUCAUUUUAAUGGCAUUAUUUUCUACUACGCUGCUGUUUUGUAAAUGGUCAACGUUGUCUGUUGACAAAAAGCACUGUAGCUAACUAGACUUCAGCCUCAUUCUCUUACUGAUUGUAUAUGAAAUUUUAAGUGAGCAUUAACCUGAACUAGUGGGAAAGUGUAAAAAGCAUCUGAUUUCAGAUGUCUAAACGACAGACUGUUGGGGAUUUUAAGGCACUUAUUGUUCUUAUCUACAUGCCAAUAACUAUUGUAAUAAAAUGAGCUGGUUGUGUUGAUUUCCAGAAUAUAAAAUCCCAGAUUAAGUCACUAAUGGAUUAUUAGGAAUGGGUUAGGUGUUUAAUUUGUUAACAAAUACCAUGUCCGCAUCAAGUGCUAUAUAUUCACAGUAGGAGCAAGGUUAUAAAUAAUAAAUUAAUAAAAAUGUCAAAAUGAGUACAUGUGUAGAUAUA